AUGGCGACGGCUGGGGUCCCGAGGCGCUUCUGCCGCUGCGCCUGCUUCUGCUCGGAGAACUUGUACGUGGCGCGCUACCGGCUCCACGUGCGCUUCCGGGGCGAGGAGCAGCUUCGCCGGGACUACGGCCCGAUCCUGCGCAGCCGAGGAUGUGUCAGCCCCCAAGACUUCCAGCAGCUAUUAGCAGAGCUCGAGAAGGAGGUGGAACGGCGGCAGCGGCUGGGGCAGGAGGCGGCUGCCAGGAAAGCCCUCAUCGCAAGCUCCUACCACCCGGUGCGGCCUCACAUCUACAACACGCUGCAGGAUGAGGCCCUGGCCCCUGAGUUUUUGGCCGCAGCUGAAUACAGCACAUCGCCGGGUGCAGACCUUGAAGGCCUUCUCCAGCGGCUGGAGACAGUGUCUGGGGAGAAGCGUAUCUACCGGCUGCCGGUCUUUACAGCGCCAUUCUGCCAGGCCCUGCUGGAGGAGCUGGAGCACUUCGAGCACUCGGACAUGCCCAAGGGAAGACCCAACACCAUGAACAACUAUGGGGUGUUGCUGCACGAGCUAGGCCUGGAUGAGCCGCUGGUGACUCCGCUGCGGGAACGCUUCCUGCAGCCACUGAUGGCCCUGCUGUACCCAGACUGCGGUGGGGGCUGGCUCGACAGCCACCGUGCCUUUGUGGUCAAAUAUGCACCGGGCCAGGACCGUGAACUAGGCUGCCACUAUGAUAAUGCCGAACUCACCCUCAACGUGGCCCUUGGCAAGGCCUUCACGGGGGGCGCCCUGUACUUCGGGGACCUCUUCCAGGCACCUUCAGCCCUGGCCAGGCCCCUGGAGGUGGAACACGUGGUGGGCCAGGGCAUCCUGCACCGGGGUGGCCAGCUGCACGGGGCCCGGCCCCUAGGCACUGGCGAGCGCUGGAACCUUGUCGUCUGGCUCCGGGCCUCUGCUGUGCGCAACCGCCUGUGCCCCAUGUGCUGCCGGAAACCUGAGCUGGUGGACGACGAUGGCUUCGGCGAUGGCUUCACUCGCGAGGAGCCCACCAUGGUGGAUGUGUGCGCACUGACCUGA